CUUUGCUUCCAUACCAAAAAGAAAUUCAAUAUUUUAUUAAAAAAAAUUAAAUCAAGGCAGGUGGCAUGUAUUAUUUAUAUAUGCUCCCUAUAGGAGGACCAAAUGGAAUAAAAAGCGUAGAGAAUUAAGUUGAAAAUGGGUGGAGAAGAAAGGCAGAUUUUUCAGGGUGUGAAUAUGAAGAAAACAGAUGCUGAAAUAUCCGAUGAAAUCCAGAUGAACAAAUGGGAUGUAUGCAUGGAGACAGGUGAUGAUAACCCAGUCUCCAACGGAUCCUCCCCGGCAGAUUCAGAAAACUCGAUUUCUUCUGCAUUGUCUUCAUCGGACUUGGUCGAGGAUGCAUCUUCUACAGCUUGUUCUUCAUCGUCGUCAUCCUCAAACGGCCCUUUGUAUGAAUUAUCAGAGCUCAUGGCUCAACUACCCAUCAAGAGGGGUCUUUCCAAGUAUUAUGAAGGGAAAUGUCAGUCUUUUACGUCGCUAGCGAGUGUGAAAAGCGUAGAAGAUCUUGUGAAGAAAGGGAAUAAUCCUUACAAUAAAACGAAAAUGAAGUCAUGCAAGAGUUUUGGGUGGGGGUUGGAGGGUCAGAACAAUAGGGUAUAUAGUCCUAAGGCUACCAUAUCCAAGAAGGGAUCAAGGGGAUCAUGUUUCUUGUCCUCAUCAUCUCUAGCAGGUAAGAGAGGCAGUUUGGUGAAUGUAAAUGUUCCAUUUCAAUCAUCAUCUUAAUACAGUUUUCACAGCGUGUGUUCUUGAGGAUCAUCCAUCAUCAUCAUAUUUUUGAAAUUAUAUAUAGGAUUUGUUUAAGGAUUUUUUUUUUAUAAUAAUAAAUGAAUUUCUUUGUA